CUUACGGUAUUUAAGGACUCCACUUUUAAGUUUCGGUACAUGUACCAAAGAGCAUCCAAACCCGAUACUAUCAAAAUCUGCAUCUUUUUCACUAACGUUUGGGUAGAUGUCUGAGACGACUUCUCGACAGCUUUGUUUCUAUGGUUUUAACCUUGACGGCUUUACUUCCAUAGUUUUUCUUGUAUACUUUUGAAUUUUACGGUUUUCAUGAUGUAGUUUUCUACUUCAUGUUUCUUGUACAUGAUUUUCUUUCGAUGUUUAUGGAUUUUACGGGCUUUCUUACGGUUUUCUUUUCACCGUCUAAAAUUAAAUACACAGUUUAACCGAUAUAUAUUUUUUUUAUCUAUUUGAUAAAAGCAGCAUUAAAGGUCAUUAAAAUUAGUUUAAUUGUUACGUUAACUAUAUAUAGAGACACAUGCAGUGUCCCUCGUAUAAUAUGUUUUAUUGCAAUUAUUAAAGAAAAUUCAUCUAUUUAUUGAUCCACACAUGCUAUGGAAACGAAUCGUUUCUACACGAUUAGUUAAUACAAGCUGAUAAAAUCGAUAUAUUCGAAUAAAACUCCGUUGUUAACUGAUGUUAGAUAAAAAUUUAAAAAUAAUAAACGCUCGUUUUGCCUGUUGGUCGAUUUUAAAGUUAUGAUAAUAUGAACGAUAAUCGUUUCUCAUUUACUGCAGUUGCUACAUAAUUUGAAAAGAUAAACUAGUUGAAACAAAUCAAAGAUUAUUGAUUGAGGCGAUGGUAUUUUUGAUUUGGUAAACUGAAGUUUAUUUAUCAAAAAAAGUUUACAAAAACUUCAUUUUCUCAUCAGUAAUACGAGACAUUAUUAAUCAGAAAUCAUUAAGUGAUGGUCAAUUCAUUCAUCUCUAAACCUGAAACAGAUGAAAUCCAAAAAUAAAAUUAUUUUCUCCUUUUCUUCUAGAUACUAAUUUUUUUCGUUUUCAGAUGUCAAAUAAUAUUUUUGAUGGUAUAGAGGAUAAUAAAACAUAUGACUUAGAAUUGGGUGAUACAUGGCAUACGGACAAGAAUGAUUUUAAACCAGCAUCCGUUGUUAGAAGUGAACAAGCUGAAUUAAGUGUGGGAAAUGCACAAGAUGUAUCAAUUACUAUCCCGAAUAUUGAGGGUUCAACAACACAAGGUAGUCAUUUUUCUGGGAAUACAAAAUCUUAUACGACAAAAGAAUGUCUCAUGAUUAUUGAUCCAAAAACGGGAAAAGUUACAUUAGAAAAAUUAUCAGCGAAUGUUAGAGUUAAAAAUGUCAGAAUGGAGAAUAAUCGUUCGACGAUAAAACCGUCUAAAAUAGUAGCCAGUAACAAUACAACAGCAAGUACAUCUACAGUAAAAAAUGAGAAUUCAAUAAAUAAUAAACAAACGCAACCAUCUUCUUUGAAUACAAUAACGGAUUCUUCUACAAAAAAACAAAUUACUACUGGUACUACGAAUGAUGAAUUAAAAAAAGUUGAAAAAACUACAACACCUAAACAAUUUACUCCUUCAACAUCAUCGUUGAAUACUACGAAAACAGCUACACCCGUCCCAUCACAACAACAACAACAGUCAAAUAGAAAAUCCAUGCCUCCUGCGGCAAAUAAAUCAGCACCCAUCAAACCAAUGCCAAAUAAUAGUAGUAGUAAUAAUAAUAAUAAUAAUAAUGCUCAACAUCGAUCAUCGAGUGACAGAUUAAGUGAAUGUAAGUUGAACGAGUUGUUUGCUUAA